GCUCCGCCCGGCCCGGCCCGGCCGGCUCUUGUCUCGGCGGGGAGGAGCCAGCCUGGGGCAGGCUGCAGCACCAAGGGCUGGCCGGCCGCCAGAAGUGUAAAAUCCUGGCCGGUGGGUGGCAAAUUUCGCCAGAUCGCGGCGAGGAGACAGCGCGUCCGUCCGUCCGUGCGGGCAGCGGCAGCCCGGCAGCCCGGCCCGGGGACUGCUUCAGUUCCUUCAUCAUGCAGCGCAUGUCACAGCCCGGCACCGUGGGGAAUCGCUAGUCCAGGGCUGACCCUUCGGUUUCGGCUGAGUCCUUGGGCUUGACGACUCAUGGACAUUGCUGAGGUUGAUGCUUGAACCUUGGAGAGAAGAGCCUUUCUGAUGGUCCUGCUCCGCUGCACCUGACCCUAUGAAAGGAGGGUUCACCGUAGCUCUGUCCUUGGCGCUGCAGUUCCACAGGAUGGGCUCGUUCAGAAGGCCCCGGCCACGCUUCAUGAGCUCCCCUGUGCUCAGCGAUCUGCCUCGCUUCCAGGCAGCCCGGCAGGCCAUGCAGCUCAGCUCCAACUCUGCCUGGAACAGCGUACAAACAGCAGUGAUAAAUGUGUUCAAAGGGGGAGGCUUGCAGAACAAUGAACUUUACACUCUCAAUGAAAAUAUCAGACGGCUGCUGAAGAGUGAACUUGGAUCCUUCAUCACAGAUUACUUUCAGAACCAGCUCCUUGCGAAAGGCUUGCUGUUCAUGGAGGAGAAGGUCAAGUUGUGUGAAGGUGAGGAUCGCAUUGACGUCCUGUCUGAAAUCUGGGAUCACUAUUUUACAGAGACUCUUCCUACACUCCAGGCAAUAUUCUACCCAGUCCAGGGUCAGGAGUUGACUAUCCGUCAGAUUGCUCUUCUUGGCUUCAGAGACUUGGUCUUGCUAAAAGUAAAGUUGGAAGAAAUCCUCCCCCUGGUCCAGACAAAGGUUCCAGCUUCCAUUGUCCAGAUGCUGUUAAUUCUGCAGAGUGUCCAUGAGCCUACUGGCCCCACUGAGGGCUAUCUGCAGCUGGAAGAACUGGUCAAGCAGGUGGUAUCACCAUUCUUAGGUUUGUGUGAGGAUCACAGCUCGUCUGGUAGCACCUGCUUGCUUGAGAGAAGGUACUCCAGAUCCUGCCCUAAGGCCCUGACCCCGCUGACGGAGCAGGAGGGCGAGGCCUACCUGGAGAAGUGUGGGAGCAUCCGUCGGCACACGGUGGCCAACGCUCACUCGGACCUCCAGCUGCUGGCCAUGGCCUCCAUGAUGCACACGGGGAUGGUGGUGGAGGAGCAGGACACUCCUGACAAGUGCCUGCUGCUGCAGCCCAGCUGCUUUGGGCCCCGGCAGUGCUCCAGCGAGCCCAGCAUCGCCGACGGCCCCGAGGCAGCCGCAGCCGGCAGGCAGGACCCUGCCGAGCUCAACUGCACCUCUGUCUGCUAGGAGGAGGCUGCCUGAGGGGUGGAGAACUGUGUGCACCAAGCUGGACAAAGGGGUGUGUCAUCCCUGCUGGGGAAAGAGGAGAAAAAUAGGAAUUGUGCUCAUGUCAUUGAAAUGGGCCUGAGGGUUCAUAUGGCUGAGAAUGGUAUCUAGACAGGUUCUUUUGCCAGCCUGGGAUCGUUGCUGGUGGAGGUAACAGGCUGCUCCCAAGUGACCACUGAGGGCUGCAGAGGUUUUGCUGUUGUACAGCACAGUCUGCCUUCUGUAAGGUUUCUCUAUUAGUAUUAACUUCUUGGUGACACCUUUCCUUGUUUUUGUUUGGUAUGAUACAAAUUGAGUUCUUUCUGCUUUUCUCCCUCUUUCCCAAUUGUGCUUCUUCUUUGUUCUUUGUCCCUGCAGUGGAGGCCUCUGUGCUCAGUGUUCUCUUUGCUUCUGGUGCUUCAUGGUGAAGGCUGAGCACUUAAUUUCUCUUUUAAAGUUGAACUCAGGGUUGAAGCCAUUUGCAUCCUGCAGAAAGAUCUGCUGAUGUGACUUGUGAGAGAAGAUCCUUCAUUUUGCUUCCCAUGGGCAUGGAUGAAAAGUCCAAAUCAGAAUUGAUCAGACUUGCUUUUUUCCCCAGGCCUGAAGAGAACCGAGUAUAUGUGGAAUUGAGCUGAGUACUUCAUAUAUAGUUUAUUUGGUUCCAGUCAUAUCCUGGGGCUUCUGGUAUAAAUUGGGUGCAAAGGAUGGCUGGGGUGUGUAAAUUGGGUGCAAAAUACACUGAACAUCCUGGCAUUUGGAAUCAAUUUGCUCUCAAAAUUUCAGUGGUGAUAGGGCUAUGAUGAAGGAGAAAAUCAAAUGGGUAGGAGAUGUAAAGGUGCUUCUCAGCACUGGGCCGUUGUGACUGCAGAUCAGGAGGUGAUGAUCAGUAUUUCAUCCUGAGCCUACCCUGGUACUUUUAGCACUUGUGGAUUUCAUGAGACCGAGGAUAAUCAGUGGGUGUGGAAAGGAGUCCUGGCUCAGUGCAUUCAUGAAGUGCUCCUGACCUCCAGUGGUAUCUGACUCAGUGCAGUAUUGCUUUUAAGAUAAAGUGAGGGCUUUUUGCUGUCUUUGGUUUUGUUUUUGUUGUGAAGAUUAACUGGAGUGGGUCCAGUUUUUAGGUGUCUGUGUCAGGCACUGCAACCUGAAGUGUCUGCUUUGUAGCAUCACUUGGUACCCCAGUGCUGCUUCUGUGGGGACAGAGCCAAUCUGUUUCAGCUGUCCCUGGGAUGCUCUGCUGAUGUCUUGCUAAGCAGAUUUGCAAGUGUUAUCAUAGGCUUAGAGGUGAACUGCAGUGCUGCCUUAAAUGUCAAAUCCCAUUGAAAAUAUGGACACAACACAACCACCACUUGAAUCUACUCCAAGUGGUACUUGGUAAAUAAGUGUGUCUUGACAAGGAAACAGAAGGUUAGGAUGAGCCUUUGGGAUGGUUUUUUUGCAUGCUAUGACAUUAACUGCAGAAUUUUCCAUGCUUCUGUUAGGCAUUAAACAACAUCUGCCCCACUGGCUGCACUGGAUCACAGCUCUGACCUGCCAGGAUUUGGCAUUAGUAGCACAUGCAGCAAAAGGAGAGCUGGUUAUUAUAUGGCAGCAAAGCAUCAGAAACACCAGCUAUGAGCACAAGCCAGGCUGCCUUGGUAAAUGAGGGUGCUGCUUUGUCUGCUGUGCUUUGCAAUGUGGAGAGAGGUACUUGGAAGAGCCUCCUUUUCCUCCUGUCACCAGAGCUCUUGGCCUUUGGGGAAAGGCCCAGUGGAUGGAUCAGCAGCUGUGCUUUCCAUGCCAGGAGAAGAGGUUCAGUGGUGCUGGCUGCCUCCUCUUCCUCAGAGCACCCACAUCCAGCAGAGGCCAGGGAGAUGUGCCUUUAAGCAGCAUUCCCUUCAGGUGGAUUGUAGGAUAAAUUGCUUUCUUGUUCAUAAAUUGGCCUGACCAGGCCAGCUUACUGCCAUGUGCCCCAGGGCAGCCAUGGAUUGUGGUGGCAGCCACACCAUGCAGGUUUCCCUUGGCACAGUCCCUCCAGCGUGGGGCAGAUGAUGGUGUCCUGCUCACAGUUAAUUUCUUCAGCCCUUGCUGUGACUGAGUCUUCUCUUAGUCACACCGAGCUGUGUGGGGAAGUGGUCAGGUCACCCUGCAGCAUUUCAGUUCACUCUCAUGAAUGCUUUUCUUCUUUCUGUUUCUCCUGUGGCCUAGUUGCCUUCUGUAAAUACCCAAACCAUUUCGAUCAGAGGGCAGCACCCUCUUUUAUGGUGAAAACUAGAACAAUGUAUUUAUUUCCUGACAUAUUCUUGGAUCAUCUCUAGGGCUAAUAGGAAUUAGUCCUGGUUUUAACUUGAAUUUCUUUUGUUUUACAUGUAUGUAUGAUUUUAAUUAUUUUGGUUUUGUAUCUGUUACUUUGCAAAAAUUUGCACCAAGCCCUCUGAAUCAUGCACUUGUCCCAUUGUUUUGUUUUUAUGGAGAAUUAAAGCUGGUGGCUUU